AUGGAUGAGCCACAAGUUGAUGAUAUUCUAUCAAGUGUCGAUAAACGUUCCGGAGCGGAAGAGAGAUGGGUCUCAUUCCAGCCGUAUUUACUUUCUAAAGGCUACCAGCUACGUCCCCGAUACCACCCGCACUGGGUUCCAUCCUGGAAAGCGUCUGGUUUGCGGGCAUCGUCCUGCGAGGACAGCAUUGACUCCAUGCCAUUGCGAGUGCUUGAUGCGAUACGAGUCCGUGAUGAGACUCAGGUAAUGAUCAAAACAUUGAUACCAAGACAGGGUGAAGGAGAAGAUGAGCUUGCGAUUCUUCAACAUUUUUCCAGUCCAUUGCUAAGGAAUGAACCGGCCAACCAUGUUGUUCCUUGUUUGGAUACAUUCCCCAUUCCGGGCGUAGAACAUGGCCAUUUUGUUGUCAUGCCCCUGCUUAGACAGUACGAUGAUAUAGCCUUCCAGAGUGUUUCAGAGGUACACGAUUUUCUUCGCCAAAUAUUCGAAGGUCUCAUUUUUAUGCACGAGAACAACGUUGCUCAUUGCGAUGUCGGCUCCGCAAAUAUCAUGAUGAACUCGCGAGUGCUAUAUGACGAACCUUUCCACCCGGUCGACUCCCAUUUAUCCCUUGACAUCCAACGAAUGAUAUACCCAAGAUAUUCACGGCUGGAGAAGAACUUGCGAUACUACCUCAUCGACAUGGGUUUCGCCACCUGGCUUCGUGACCCGAACGCGCCUCGGUUGGUCACAGGUAAACCGGCACGAAUUAUGGCUCCAGAGCAAAGGAACAGCAAGCCAUACGACCCAUUCUUGGUAGAUGUUUACCAACUCGGAACAGUGAUUAGUCAAGACUUGAUACCAGUUAGUCCACUCUCUCAAUACUUUCGAGUGAUCUUUUAA